GCUGCUGCCCCGGGAAGAGGCUCAGCGCAGAAGGAGGAAGGACAGCACAGCUGACAGCCCUGCUCAGGAAGUUUCUGGAUCCUAGGCUCAUCUCCACAGAGGAGAACACACAGGCAGCAGAGACCAUGGGGCCCCUCUCAGCCCCUCCCUGCACACAGCACAUCAAAUGGAAGGGGCUCCUGCUCACAGCAUCACUUUUAAACUUCUGGAACCCGCCCACCACUGCCCAAGUCACGAUUGAAGCCCAGCCACCAAAAGUUUCCGAGGGGAAGGAUGUUCUUCUACUUGUCCACAAUUUGCCCCAGAAUCUUACUGGCUACAUCUGGUACAAAGGGCAAAUCAGGGACCUCUACCAUUACGUUACAUCAUAUGUAGUAGACGGUCAAAUAAUUAUAUAUGGGCCUGCAUAUAGUGGACGAGAAACAGUAUAUUCCAAUGCAUCCCUGCUGAUCCAGAAUGUCACCUGGGAAGACGCAGGAUCCUACACCUUACACAUCAUAAAGCGAGGUGAUGGGACUGGAGGAGAAACUGGAAAUUUCACCUUCACCUUAUACCUAAAACUGCCCAAGCCCUAAAUCACCAUCAACAACUUAAACCCCAGGUAGAAUAAGGAGGUCUUAGCCUUCACCUGUGAACCUAAGAGUGAGAACUACACCUACAUUUGGAGGCUAAAUGGUCAGAGCCUCCCGGUCAGUCCCAGGGUAAAGCGACGCAUUGAAAACAGGAUCCUCAUUCUACCCAGUGUCACGAGAAAUGAAACAGGACCCUAUGAAUGUGAAAUACGGGACUGAGAUGGUGGCAUGCGCAGUGACCCAGUCACCCUGAAUGUCCUCUAUGGUCCAGACCUCCCCAGAAUUCACCCUUCAUACACCAAUUACCGUUCAGGAGAUAACCUCUACUUGUCUUGCUUCGCGGACUCUAACCCACCGGCACAGUAUUCUUGGACAAUUAAUGGGAAAUUUCAGCAAUCAGGACAAAAUCUCUUUAUCCCCCAAAUUACUACAAAGCAUAGCGGGCUCUAUGUUUGCUCUGUUCAUAACUCAGCCACUGGCGAGGAAAGCUCCACAUCCUUGACAGUCAAAGUCUCUGCUUCUACAAGAAUAGGACUUCUUCCUCUCCUUAAUCCAACAUAGCAGCUGUGAUGUCAUUUCUGUAUUUCAGGAAGACUGGCAGGAGAUUUAUGGAAAAGACUAUGAAAAGGACUCUUGAACACAAGCUCCUGAUAACUUCAAGAUCAUACCACUGGACUAAGAACUUUCAAAAUUUUAAUGAACAGGCUGAUACUUCAUGAAAUUCAAGACAAAGAAGAA